CAGUUCAUUUGCGCCUCUCGAAGUCCCUCUUUUUCUCUCUCGCGCCCGCUCCCUCUACUUUCUUUCUUCCCCCCCAAAAACCCUAGCCCCCAUCCAAAACCCUAGUUUCGCUUCUCCCCUCGCCGCAGCAGCAUAAUCCAUGGAGUUCUGGGGAGUGGAAGUUAAGGGUGGAACACCUCUGGAAGUAAGGGUUGAGGAAGACACUGUGAUUCAUCUUUCACAGGCAUCGCUUGGCAAGUCAAAGAACAAAUCUGAAUCUGUGCCUCUGUAUGUUGAGUUGGACGAUCGGAAGAUUUGUCUUGGAACUCUUUCCCAUCAGAAUUUCCCUCAGAUACCAUUCGAUUUAGUAUUUGAAAAGGAUUUUCUGCUCUCUCACAGCUGGAAAAAUGGGAGUGUGUACUUCUGUGGUUAUAGAUCUCCCAUGCCAGAGGAAGGAUAUCCUUUUUUAUUUGUAGAAAAUUUUUAUAUAUUUAGUCUGAUUUUUUUUUUUUAUUGUUAUUAUUAUGUAGUUUUGAGGAUUAGAUGAUUUAACACUAUUUUAGGUUAAGAGAGGUUCUUCCACGAGUGGUUAUACUUUAUGUUAGACUUUUGAGUUUGACUAUCUAUCUUGGUUUAAUUUAAACUAGGGUGGUAGGACAUUGACACUACAAUUGGGACUUAGAAAUAGGUCCUUGUGUUUCAAGUUGGGGGUUUUGUUGAAGUUUUAGGUUUGCGUAGCCUGUAGUGCUCUGUGAUAUGACAGUGCUAAAAAAAUACUUUUUAAUUAGCAAAGCUUGUUGGUAGAACUGUAAUGUGUUAAGGUUGAGAUUUGGGAGCUUAAUUUUAUCAUCCUUUUAUGUCUUAAAAGAACUUUUGAAUGUCAUCUUUUGCUUCCCUGACCUGUUUUCUUCUUUUGCCACUAAUUAUUCAACUGAAGAAGAGAGUGAGGAGGAGGAGGAAAUGCCCUUGGUUGCGGCAGAAAAUGGUGAGUGCUC